GUUCGUUUAUAGCAAUUUUACAGAGCAGUGAGAUGAACCAGUUGGAUGAUUUUUAUUAAACUCAUCCAAAAAAUGAUCAUUUUCCGACUGAGUCUGAUUGGAGCAGUUGACUGGAGCUAUUCAGUCUAAAAUAUAAAAUGACCUAAAUACCCCUAUCUAAGUUGGAGAAUUACACCAAAAAACCUAAACCUACUUCUCAUCAUUCUAACCACGACAAAGACUCAGAGAGCCAUCCUUCGACAAAGUGAGAAGAGAAACGAGAUCUUCGUCGGAUCUCUUCGCAGCUGGAUCUCUCCGCCGGAUCUCUCGCCGGAAUCCACUCCUCUUUGAUCUUCUCCCUCCACUCCACUCGUCUUUGAUCUCUCCGCCGGCUGUCUUCUUCUCUCUCGUGCGUGGGUUUGAAUUAGCUGCGACCAUUGUUUGAGAGUGCUUGUAUAGAGAACAUGGCGGCAGGUGAAAUAAUCACUGAGCAGCCUCCAGAAAGCAUAGUAGGAUUGAUCGAGAAAAUGGCAUAUGUGGUUGCACUAAGGGGGCCGGAGUUUGAGAAGGAGAUGAUAAUCGUUAAUAGGGGAGAUACAACUUUCAGCUUUAUGAGUAGCUCAGACCCUAAUCACGCUUUGUACCAGCAAAAGCUUACUGAAUAUCAAGGAGGUAAACCUCCGGAUUUCCAACCUAAUACUCCAGCUACUCGUGAGCCUAAGGGCAAAGCACAAUCCUAUGAUCUUGAGCCUCCUCCCUCAAAGGAGCCUCGAUAUACCGAGAUCUCACGCAGGGAGAAGGAGCUUUGUACUAUUAAGCUCAUUGCGCAGUUUGUGGCGCGGUAUGGGAAGCUUUUUCAUGAGGAUUUGAAGCGUGUAGGUGUUAUGAGCCCUAUGUUUGACUUUAUUAAGCCAACUAAUAGCAACUUCGGUCUUUAUAAUGCCCUCGUUACUUCGUAUUCACGAGUAUUAAAACCUUCCCUUGUUCUCCCUUCUUUCUUGAUCGUAUUUUCGACCAUCUUCAAUUGGAGAAACUGGAGGAGGGAAGUGAGACUGCUAUGAUUGAUUUGUUUGAUUUUGUGGGUGGGGUUGA